AUGGAAAUUCCACGCAGCCUGGAGCGGCCAUGGACACCGCCAGAGAUCGAAGACCGGCCAUAUGCUCGCACUCGCCCAAGCCAUCUCAACCUAUAUGGAAAUCCACCCUCGCGAUAUGUUAGAAAAGAGCAGCGUUGGCCAAACGAUGCUGACCUUGUACACGAACAACCCUCGUGGAUGACCGAAACCUAUAGUCCAAGAACCCCGUUCACGGCAUCACGACCGAAACUCAGUUCCCGUCUUACCGAACCGCUUCCGUAUACGCCCAAAAAACAGUACAACUUUGACGAGCCGUAUUCACAACCAAAGGCCGUGCCACGCUACCCCUACACGCCUGAUAGCUCCCAAAUAUUGCGUCGACACACUGUCAUCCCUGCUUCUCCUCCGCCAUGGGACGACUACUCGGAUCCCGCUUUAUCGCCUGUUCAGGAUGCUUUGUCUGCCUGUAUUGCACAGUUUGAGGAUUUGAUCCAGUCGCAGCAGCCAGAUGAAGAUCAGAUGGAAUAUAUUGUAGGGCAAUUUGAAGCCAUGGCCAUGCGUCUUUCGGCUCCAGAGGCAUAUGAGAAAGAAACAGGUGCACAGUAUCCUUCGUAUUUCGACCAGGGAGCUGGUAUCAUGCACGCGGACGAUGGAAAAGAUGACCUUGCCGAAGCAAAAAGGGCAUACCACCAGUCGUAUGUUGCUGAAGUGGGGAACUAUGUCAACAGCGUACAAAAAUAUGUUGACGAGCUGCGAAAGCGCCUGGAUGAAGUCAAGACGCUAAAUAGCAUCCAGCUAGAUGUAAUCAACGACCUGCGUAAACAGAUGAAGACGGUCCGUCAAACCAUGCGCGAGGAGCUCGAAAGAAAACAAGAGCCUGGUAGUGACAAAAGCAACGAGCAAAAAGACGACCCCACACCCAGAAAAUUCGGCAUGAUGGACAGCUGGCAGACGCUCGUCAACGACGACUCCGACACCAACAACAACAACAAUAACAACCAAGACGUCUCCCAGGAAAUCCACAACGAAUACACGAAGCUCCUCCGCAGCGCUGUACACAAGCUCACCGCAGAAGAUCAUGGCGAUGAUGAUAAUACUUACCACACCCCCCCUCGUCCUCGUCCGGCUGGUCCUGCUACUACUACUACUACUCCUCCUGUUACACGCCAGACCAAGCGCCGUCUAAUCACCAUUAUCCGCUCGCCCCCUCGACGCAGCUUCUGGGCUUCGAUUGGUGAGGCGCUGGAUGCUAUGUCGGAGUUGUUGCUUGAAGAAUGA